UUUCCUUCUUGUUUUCCGGUUCUCUUCCUUCAUGGUUGGCAUACCGUUAUCAGUACCACUAAACCUACGAAUCUACUCCUUGGAUCAUUUCAUUUCCCCUUCCGCAAUACAAAGCACAAAAGAACCAUGGCGGAACAAACCACGAAACCAGCGAGAAGAGCGAGCGUCGCCGAAAAAGUCAGCGGCAACAUCCUAGGUCGGAGCAAGGGAUUCAAGAAACUAGUCGACAAAAUCUUCARGGCGUGCGACACCACCAAGAGCGGGGACAUUUCGAAGAGCGAGCUYUAUGUCGGAACAUUGUCGGUCCACAUUACCCUCGCCCGCUAUGCGGGGCCCGCCGCGUGCUUUGUGAGUGAAACGAAACGAAUCAGAGGUGAAAAGAAUCAUCAGCCGGAGGCGAAGCGAAAAGAAUCUUCUGAGGUGGUGAUUUCUCGAUGCAAUAGUCAUUUUCGGGACGGCGGCGAUUCCAUCCACURACAAUUUCUUGCUGAACUAUGUACUAUAUGCAUAGUUCAGCAAGCAAUUGUAAGUWGAUGGAAUCRCUGCUCUUGAAAUACAGACAGAACGAAUAUCUUGAUGCRUUGCUGUAUCUAUUGAAUACUUCCGCGAAACAAACUGACAUUUUGGUUUCUUCUCGUMUAUCUUUCCUCGAAAAUAUUUAUCGCCAACAAUCGCCACGCYCAUUUCCACACGCACAUUCACAUUCGCAGCCACCCACACGAGAAGUUAGCGACGAGCUCUUCGAGGCGGCCGACAGCGACAAAUCUGGAACGAUCAACAAGGAGGAAUUCGAAAAGAUACUAUUGAUCCUGGGCGCUCAGAUYGUGUCCCGGAUGGUCGUCUACUACACCGUCCUAAUUCUGUUUGUGCCGUGGUUUGCCCMAAAAACCACCGAUCACUUCGACUCCAUUCCCAAGGGRGGAUUCGUGGAGUCGGUGGCCCACCAGGUKAUAUCGAUCGCCAUCUUUGUGCUGGCGAUUCCGUCGAUCUGGGACGCCAUCGACUCCACCACCAAGGGGACGAUUCAUUGGGUGAACAGUGAGAACAAAACCGACAGCAACCCRAAGCAAGARGCGGACAAGAAAGACGAUUGAACGAAUCGGAUCGAAUCAAUCCGAGGUCKYGUUGCUUGUUUGUCAACGCCAUGAAUGUAUGGGAACCAUCMACAAGAAUGGAAUGGAAAGRAAUGUGAGUCGACUUGAAAGACCGGUGUUCACGAAAUUUUUCGGGAAUGUCAUGAAGGAACGAGAGACGACAGCAAAACUGCACUCUCGCUAUUACUUGUGCUAGCAUCCGUUGCGUCGUACCUUGAAACUCCUGCCAAACUAUUYUUGUCCGARACGAGAAUACARUCGUAACAAAAAUAAUUUCAAUUG